AGCAGUAGGAACGGAAGUGUGUGUUGUUUCCACACGAGCACAAGAGAUGUGAGCACUGUCGGUCAGACAAGCGUACUGAAGUGCAGUGAGCAAGUACACGACAGCUAGCCGCUGUGACAUGACAGCAUGUACUCGAACAAACUGGCUCGCCUCAUGUUAGGGCUGUACAGCCGUAAAGCGGCCGCUGUGUACGGAGCGAUCCAGAGCGGGUUCAGCUGGACUGCGGUGUGUAAACAGCGGGCCCUGUGGCUGCAGAGGAGCGUGAACUGUCACGUCAGUGUUCGGACAGCCUCCCAAACCACAGUGGAUCCAGAUGAAGUGAGGAGGUUCCAGUCACUGGCCAGCAAGUGGUGGGAUGAACAGGGAGAGUUUUCAGCUCUUCAUGCUAUGAAUGACCUCAGGGUGCCUUUUAUACGGGAUAAUCUGCUGAAUGUGCACGCCACACGUCAUCCUGGGAAACCACUCGCAGGACUCAAAAUACUAGAUAUCGGCUGUGGUGGAGGCCUGCUCACAGAGCCCCUGGGUCGCCUGGGAGCCACCGUGUUGGGUAUAGACCCAGUAGAAGACAGCAUUGGCACAGCCCGGCUGCAUGCGUCCUAUGACCCAGACCUUCGUGACCGGGUCAGCUACCGGGCCUGCACUCUGGAGGAGCUCCCAGCAGAGGAGGAGGGUGGAGAGGAGGAGCGGGGGGCGGGCCAGUUCGAUGCCGUUGUGGCGUCCGAGGUGGUGGAACAUCUGGCUGAUGUGGAAACGUUUGCCUUCUGCUGCAGCCGUGUGCUGAAGCCCGGUGGCUCCCUCUUCAUCACUACUAUUAAUAAAACCAACCUGUCUUACGCGCUGGGAAUCGUUGUGGCCGAGCAGCUGCUGCGCAUCGUUCCCAGCGGGACGCAUGACUGGGAGAAGUUCAUCAGCCCAGUAGAGCUGGAGCGCCUCCUGGAGUCCAGUGGUUUCUCGGUGCAGUCUGUCCAGGGAAUGCUGUACAACCCAGUGUCAGGAGCCUGGAGCUGGACUAACAGCACUGCCAUCAACUACGCCCUCCACGCCGUCAAAGUGAUAGACGACGGCGAGCCGGAGCAGGCUGACGAGAGCACCUCCCGCCCAGAGGACAAUGCUGCUGCAGCUACACACAGCUGAGCCAAACAACUCGACAACCACGUGGAAAAUAUGAAAAAAAAAAAAACAGUUAAUGCGCAGGUUCAUGGUCCUACGAUCCCUGUGGAAAAGCGGGGUUAUUGGAGGAAAGGGACAAACAGCCUUGAGAUAGAGUUAAAGACAUUCUGCUGUGGCUGGUUAACAGAGUAAGACUGCAGUGUGUUGUUACACAUUGUUUAAAAGUGUUUAGCGUUUGAUGAGCUGUAGUUCUCUAAUCACUCAGUAACAGGGUUUCAUAAUGUUCACAUUCAUCAUUUUUCAGUAUUGCUGAAUCAGCUUUGUCAGUAUUUUGUGAUUUCUCCUACCCUCUGUCCAAAGGGUCCUUUCAUCACUUGCUUUUGUGAAGAGUACAGCAGUGAUUUAUUUGGCCCUGGACGCUGACAUUAAAUACGACUUCAUGUUGGCUUUGGCUGCACACUGGAAAGGGAUUUUUAAAUGUGUCCAUAUGUGUGGACGCAUCCUCUAAAAGUGUCCUAUGAGAGGGCUCUGUGUUACAUAACAGGAGCCUGUGGCACAGAACAAGUCAUUCUUGCAUGAUGUUUUCAGGGAGACUAAUAACAUGGCUGUAAUGUUUGCAGAGGUAGUAUUUUUCUCUCUUGCAGUAGCUAAUAAAAUAGGCUGCGGACGUUUCAAGAGUCCCAGCAGACCAAGGA